CGUUGUGAGGCCGAGACAGCGAUACAAGGGGACGAAUAAAGGAAGAAAUGCUUAUAGGCGAAGGAAGCGAUUGCUUUCAGGAGUUGGGUCCCCUUCGUCUCUCUCUAUCUCUCCCUCUCUCUCUCUCUCUCCCUGAUUGAUCGUUUUGUUCAGAGGAAAAAUUAGAUUUAGGGAGUUUCAGCAGAGGAGAAAUCAAAUUAAGCAAAUGGGAGUGCUGUCGAACAAGAUCGGGAGGGACAAACUGAAACCUGGGGAUCACAUCUACUCCUGGAGGCACGCCUAUCUCUACGCCCACCACGGGAUAUAUGUCGGAAAGGAAAGUGUUAUACACUUUACGCGGGGUGGAGGCCAGGAAAUCGGAACAGGAACCGUGCUAGACCGCCUCCUUGUGAGCUCAUCAGCUUCCCAUCCUACGGAUAAUCCAUGUCCAAAAUGUGGUGAUCAAUCAAAGGUUGAUGGAGUCAUCUCUUCCUGUCUAGAUUGUUUUCUUUCAGGUGGAGCUCUCUACCUCUUUGAGUACAGUGUCAACCCGGCUGUCUUUCUUGCCAAACCUCGUGGAGGUACCUGCACUCUUGCUAUGUCCGACCCACCAGAAGAUGUUAUUCACCGUGCUUCUUAUCUCCUCCAAAAUGGCUUUGGUAUCUAUCAUAUUUUCAAUAACAACUGCGAGGACUUUGCAAUAUACUGCAAAACAGGUUUGCUUGUGUUCACUAGCAUCAGUGUCGGCCGGAGUGGGCAGGCAGCAUCCCUUCUUGCUGCUACUAGUGCUAUCCUAUCUUCACCGCUUCGAUUUCUUACUACCAGUGUUAGCGGUCUGGCCGCCGUCGGUUACGGCAUGUACUGUGUCAGCCGUCUGGUUUCUGAUAUGGGAGUACGCCGUGAUGUCAAAAAAGUUCCGGUGGAGAGUCUUGUUUCCUGCUCUGCCUCUGGCGUACAAGAGCCAGAAGCCGUAGCUGAGAUAGUGGAGAGUGUUGUUUCCUGCUCUGCCUCUGUCAUAAAUGAGUCAGAAGGCUCGACUAAGAUGGUUAAGGAAGAGUAACCUUUCGACAUGGACAGAAAUUCUGUGGUUUGCAUGGAUGUUGCACUAAUUUGAUUAUUAUAGGGGACAGCAUAGGAUUGUUUGCUUUUGUUUGCUGCCAUUGUUCAUUGUUGUCAUGCUAAAUAUGUAAAUUGACUUGACAUUUGACACAAUUGUUAUUUUUUUAUAUUUAAGUUCCCACAUCGUGGAUGGCAUUUGUUUGGAAAGUAUUUGAGGCUAUUUUUGUUUU